AGCACCCGCCUGACCCCGGCCCGGAGCACCGGGCGCCCAGCGCGGGUGAAGGCGGAGCCGCAGGGUUGGCCCCCAAAGGGAUGCUCUCGCCCAAGCGGCGAGACCAGCCCCGCUCGCCCCUCGCCGCGGCCGCGCCGCAGCCGCCCACGGCCGCCGACAUGGCCCUCUACUGCGGCGACAACUUCGGAGUGUAUUCGCAGCCCGGCCUGCCCCCGCCCGCCGCUACCGCCGCCGCCCCGGGCGCCCCCCCGGCAGCCAGGGCGCCUUACGGGCUGGCCGACUACGCCGCGCCGCCGGCCGCCGCCGCCAACCCCUACCUGUGGCUCAACGGGCCCGGUGUGGGAGGCCCGCCCUCCGCCGCCGCCGCAGCCGCCGCCGCGUACCUGGGCGCCCCGCCGCCGCCGCCGCCGCCGCCCCCCGGGGCCGCGGCCGGGCCCUUCCUGCAGCCACCGCCCGCCGCCGGCACCUUCGGCUGCUCUCAGCGGCCCUUCGCGCAGCCCGCGUCCGCCGCGCCCGCCUCGCCCGCCGCGCCCGCGGGGCCCGGGGAGCUGGGCUGGCUGUCCAUGGCCAGCCGCGAGGACCUGAUGAAGAUGGUGCGGCCGCCCUACUCGUAUUCGGCGCUCAUCGCCAUGGCCAUUCAGAGCGCACCCGAGCGCAAACUCACUCUCAGCCACAUCUACCAGUUCGUCGCCGAUAGCUUCCCCUUCUACCAGCGCAGCAAGGCCGGCUGGCAGAACUCCAUCCGCCACAACCUGUCGCUCAACGACUGCUUCAAGAAGGUGCCCCGCGACGAGGACGACCCAGGAAAGGGUAAUUAUUGGACUCUUGAUCCGAACUGCGAGAAAAUGUUUGACAAUGGGAACUUCCGUCGGAAGCGAAAGCGCCGCUCUGAGGCCAGCAAUGGCUCCACAGUGGCUGCUGGGACAUCAAAGUCCGAAGAAGGGCUCUCCUCAGGAUUGGGGUCUGGAGUGGGUGGGAAGCCAGAAGAAGAGAGCCCCUCCACUUUGCUGAGGCCUUCCCACUCCCCAGAGCCUCCGGAGGGCACCAAGAGUACUGCCUCAUCUCCUGGAGGACCCAUGCUCACCUCCACCCCUUGUCUCAACACUUUCUUCAGCAGCCUCAGCUCCUUGAGUGUCAGCAGCAGUGUGAGUACCCAGCGGGCUCUCCCUGGCAGCCGCCACCUAGGGAUCCAGGGGGCCCAGCUGCCCUCCAGCGGCAUGUUCCCCCCAACCUCCAUCUCAGAGGCCUCAGCAGACGCCUUGCAACUGAGCAAUAGCACCAGCAAUAGCACCGGCCAGAGAUCUUCCUAUUACAGCCCUUUCCCUGCCAGCACCAGCGGGGGCCAAAGCAGCCCCUUCAGCAGCCCUUUCCACAACUUUAGCAUGGUCAACAGCCUCAUCUACCCCCGAGAAGGCUCCGAGGUGUAGAGCAGACUCUCAGACUUCAGUAUGCACACCUGAGGGGUGCACACAUGCUGAUCAGAAUGCAGAUUCCAAGUCAGUAGGUCUGGGGUAGGACCUGAGUUCUGCGUUUCUGUCGAGUUCCUGGGUGAUCUCGUGGUCCUUUGACCACACUUGGAGUAACAAGGGUGUAGUAGAUAACUCUUGCUACAACCUAGCGAGCUCUUACAGGUUUCUCUGCAUGUGGGCCUCUCCAGAGAGAAAUCCGUUUCACUGUCUUCUGUGAUAGGUAGCCUGUGAGCCCCGUGAGGGCGGGGACGAUGUCUAUUUUGUUUAUCACUGUAUGCCAGGAUUGCAAGCUCAAAUGUGUGCAGACGGCUAAAAAAACAUAAGUCAACGAAGUUACUGGGUGAGAAAACUAACAUCAGUUGGCAACUGAAGCAGUAGAGGGUAGUUGGUACUGACUAGUGGAAGGCUGCUGGGAACAGCUGGUUCUUUCUCUCCCCUGGCAGCAUUCUGAUUUUUUUUUUUUUUUUUUUUUCUGACAAGAGUGUCGCUCUGUCGCCCAGGCUGGAGUGCAGUGGCGCUGCAACCUCCUUUCCUGCCUCAGUCUUCCGAGUAGCUGGGAUUACAGGUGCCUGCCACCACACCCAGCUAAUGUUUUGUAUUUUUAGUAGAGAUAGGGUUUCGCCUUGUUGGCCAGGCUGGUCUCAAACUCCUGACCUCAGGUGAUCCACCCGCCUCAGCCUCCCAAAGUGCUGGAAUUACAGGCGUGAGCCACUGCGCCCAGCCAGCAUUCUGAUUUUUAUAGAAGAGCCAGGUAUCUGAAUUUUUAUAGGAAACCUCCAGCUUUGUGUCAUUUGCCUCUGAAGAUUUUUUUUUGGUUGUUUAUCAUACUGUCCUAGGCAACACCACAAAUCCUUGAGCUAUGCAUAGGCAGCUCACAAAUCACCUCUGUCUGGUACAUGGUAUAUUCUAAUGGCAAUAAAAUGGCACAAGCAGCCCUGUGUGCCAGGCACUGUUCUCGGCACUUGUCAUGUAUUCAUUUAAUCCUCUCAGAAACCUUGGGUGGUGGGUAUUAUUACUACCCCCAUUUUCCAUGUAAGGGAAGUGAAACUUCAGGAUGUUAGGUCACUUUGUCUAUUUUAGUCAUCACUGUAUACCAGGAUUGCAAGCUCAAAUGUGCACAGGUGGCUAAAAAAAAGUUGUGACCACUUUCCAAGGUGAGACUGAUAGUAAACUGGAGCCAGGAUCAGACCCAGAUAAUCUGGUUCCAGAGCUGGUGCUUGUAACUUCUGUGUUCUACUUCCUGCGAAACCAAGAAACCAGCCUCCAUAGCCAGUUGUAAGUAUAUAGAGGGAAGGAAUGGAGCUAGAUCUCAUUUGACCAAAGAUUCUAGUUGAAAAUAAAAGUCAUCUGGUGUGUUCCCCCGGGCGGCACCUCUGUCUGAAUCCUGCUGCCAUAGUCCAAGAUCUGGGGUGACCAUUGUCCUAGUUUGUAAUGGUUAGCCUGGCAUCCUCUCCCUUUUAGCUUGUAUCCUGAAUCUUUCCUUUUCUAACAAAGUAUUAUUAGAAUUUUAUUAAAAAUAGCUUUUGUGUGUGUGUGGGUUUUUUAUUGUUGUUUUGUUUUGUUUGUUUUGUUUUUUGAGACGGUCUGCCUCUCUUAACCAGGCUGAAGUGCAGUAGUGAGAUUUUGGCUCAUUGCAGACUCAACCUUCCCAGGUUUAAACAGUGGCCCCUUCUCAGCUCCCCCAACCCACCCCAGUAGCUGGGCUCACAGGUGUGCACCAUGCCCAGCUAAUUUUUUAAAUUUUUUAAUUAAUAUUUUGACUUUUUAAUUUGUAAAA